AUGACGUUACAUCUGAAUCUGCCAGGCUCGCACCACCGCAGCGCCGAACAGCAAGCGCAGCUCCGAGAGGCACGACGGUUGCUGCGAGAUAAGAUCCGAAAUGACUGGGAAUAUCCGCCACUGCCGGCCUGGAAGUCGAGUGGGCGGCACGAGGCAGCGAACAGCGCAGCAACAGAGGAACUGAACGUCGAAGAUCGCAUCGCGGGCUUUCGAUUCCACGCUCCGAGCACCCCGGACCGCGCGAAUGGAGUGGUGGGCGAGGCAUUGGGACUGGGCUUUGAGCCGAUCGAGUGGAGGGAACGAGAGGAUUCCGAUGUCUCUGAAACCGAGUCGGAAGUGGCAGCGAUGACACCUGCGCACACCACAUCAUCAUCGAGCAAGAGCAAAGUGGAAACGUACAAAUUCGACGCUCCGGAUAGCGUGGGCCCACAGCUGCACAGCCGUCAGCAGGCGCGCAAGCGGAAACGAUGGCAGGCUGUGCACGAAGAAAUGGAAUGGAAUGACGGCUUGGCGCACUGGACCAGGCGGAGAGAUGUGUGGUGCUGUGCUCGAGAGACACGAGACGUGCGACUCCUGGAAGGCAGCAGUGGUAGCGGACUUGCAGACCACGCGCCGCCAGCGAGAGGAAUCGUGCAUAUUGAGGUCGAUUCCGGGUCUGCCUCUGGGGGAUCGACUCCACGAACGUCCACUUCUUCUUCUGUCGAAGCGCAUGUGUCCAGUACGCCCGCUUCAACACCGUCCGGGUCGCCCGAUGUCACCGGAGCAGCAGCAGGAUCAACAGCAGGGACCUCACUGCGCUCGAGUCCCGCAACGAUACCUUUGGACGUUCUAGUACCUAUAGCACCAGCACUCCUACCCAAACACCCCAUCCGCAAACGCAUCAACCACGACAUGUAUCCCGAAAUCUACAACAAAAUCAUUCUGCAAUCCCGCACGCCCUCGGUUCCAAUCAACUUGCUCACGCUGCUCCGUGCGCUGGUGCAAGGCUGGAAAGACGAUGGCGAAUGGCCGCCCAAACCGGGUGUGCUCGAAAAGUCGUUUACCACGCGGAGGAAACGAGGGGGUAGUGGAGGGGGAGGGGGAGAGGGGAGUUUGAAGUCGGGGGUGAAAGCGGUGGGGAGGGUGUUGAGAUUGACGAGUAGUGGUGGUGGUGGUGGUGGUGUACCUUCUUGA